AUGACCGCCUCAUUUGAGUUUCGAGCUGUUUUGAUCAAUAUACAGGAUCUUCUUUCAAAUACAGACCGAGAACGAUUGAAUUUUCUUCUUGGCGAGGAUGUUCCGAAAACUUUACGUGAAGAUGCUUCCGUUGGUGGAUCAUUUCGUAUACUUGAACAUCUCUUCCAAAAGACUAUGAUAACCAAUCAAGAUUGUGAUUAUCUUAUCGAAGCAUUUAUGAAUAUUCACUGUCACGACGCCGCGAAACGAUUGAAAGAAUAUCAAAGGAAGCAAUCGAAAAAAAACCAACGCAAUAUCUCCAUUCAAGAGAUUCUGUGGCAGGACAACGAGGAGAAUGAAGAGGAGGACGACAAGAUUGCUUAUACUAAACCAACGUCCGAUGCAUCUGAUUUCCAGAUCGGCAUGGAACCUUUGAGUCCUUCUCCAAAUGUCUCUGUCAACAAUGAACCACAGAGAAAUUUAUUGCUUUCCGCGCAUAAUCGAACGAAAAAGGAUGUCGAUCAAUCUCGAAGCAAGGGUCGAGCAUUCAAAAUAUCACAUAAAAUUCGUCAGCGGAUUGUGAUCAGCAUUAUUAUUCUGAGUGUAUUGAGUCUUCCAUUAGUAAUUAUUCUAUCAAUGAAGUAUCAUGAACGUACAUCAAAACUCAAAGAGGUUGUCAAAUUCACCCAAGCUGGACUACAGUACUAUAUCAACGCAAACUACUCCGAAGCCCUUCGAAAUUUCAAACAAGCUAGUGACAUGCAAUCGAAAAUCCUAUCCCCAAUCCAUUCAGAUUUAGCUACAACAUUCAACAACAUUGGUGUGGUGUAUUACGAUAUAGGCGAACCUUCGAACGCCCUCGAUUAUCACAACAAAGCUCUUCGAAUUCAGCAGAAAUCUCUUUCACAAACACAUCCAGAUAUUGGCAUCACUCAUAAUCAUAUCGGUUCAGCGUAUCUCCAAAAGUGUGACUAUUCGAGAGGCCUCAAAGAGUAUAAUGAGGCACUUCAGAUUCAAAAACGAUCUCUUCCUACGGUUCAUCCAGAUUUAGCUAUUACGUACAACAACAUUGGUUCAACGCAUCUCAAAUUGGGGGAGUAUCAAAGAGCUAUUGAAAACUAUAAGCUAGCACUUGAUAUUCAAGAGAAGUCCCUUAAUCAAACUCAUUCCAGUUUAGCAACGACGUACAACAACAUUGGCUUAGCGCAUUUCAGCAAUGGCGAAUAUUCAAAAGCUUUCGAAAGUUAUAAUGAGGCACUGGGAAUCCAACAAAAGUCUUUGCUGUUCAUCCAUCCAAGUAUAGCAAUUACAUACAACAACAUCGGUUCUGUUCUCUCGAAAAAAGGCAACUAUUCAAUAGCUGUUAAAAACUACAAGAAGGCACUCGAAAUUCAAUUGAGAUCUCUUCCACCAAUGCAUCCGGAUAUAGCCAUUACGUAUGACAAUCUCGGUUUAACGUACGCCUAUGCCGGUGAAUAUUCAAAGGGUCUUGAAAACUGUGAGAAAGCAAUAAAUAUUCAGAACAAAUCUCUCUCUCCGACGCAUUGCAACUUAGCAAUGACUUAUAACAAUCUUGGCUUAUUACAUACACUUUUGGGUAACUAUUCAAAAGCUCUUGAACUUUACAACAAAGCAUUCGAAAUUCAAAAGCCUCUGCCAUCUACCCAUCCACAUUUAGCUAUCACGCGCAACAACAUUGGUUCAACGCAUUUCAAAUUGGGGGAGUAUCAACGAGCUAUUGAAAACUACGAAAAAGCGCUUGAAGUUCAACAGAAAUCUCUUCCACAAGAACAUCCAGAUAUAGCCAUCACGUACAACAACAUCGGCUUAGCCCAUUAUCAUAAAGGCGAGUAUUCGAAAGCUCUUGACGAAAGCUACGUGCAGGCGCUAGAGAUUCAGCAGAAGACUCUUUCUUUAAAGCAUCCAGAUUUAGCCAUCACGUACAACAACAUUGGUUCAGUACAUCUCAAAUUGGGCAAAUAUCAAAAAGCUAUAGAAGAAUAUAAUUUGGCCCUUGGUGUUCAAGAGAGCUUCCUCAGUCAGACUCAUCCCAAUUUAGCGAUGACGUACAACAACAUCGGUUUUAUUUACUCUCUUAUGGGCAACUAUUCGAUAUCGUUUGAAAAAUUUCGUAAAGCACUUUCAAUUCAACAGAAGUCCGUUCCUCCAGAGCAUCCAGAUUUAGCCAACACGUACAAUAACCUUGGCUUAUCAUAUUCCGAAACAGAGGAUUAUUCAAAAGCUCUUGAAACAUACAACAAAGCACUUGAAAUUCAACAGAAAUUCGUUCCUCCGAAUCAUCCGGAUAUAGCCAUAACAUACAACAACAUCGGCUUUGCCUACUUUAGUAUGGGCAAUAACUCAAUAUCUCUUGAAAAAUAUAAGAAAGCACUUGAAAUUCAACAGAAUUCUCUUUCUCUCGAACAUCCAGAUUUUGCCAUCACGUACAACAAUUUUGGCUUAGUGUAUUGCAAAAAAGGGGACUAUUCCGGAGCUCUAUAUUAUUACAACAAAGCACUUGAAACUCAACAAAAAUCUCUUCCUCCAGAUCAUCCAGAUUUAGCUACUACACACAACAACAUCGCUUUCGCAUUUUUAAAAGACGGCAAGCACUCAAGAGCUUGUGAAAGUUACUCGAAAGCGGCUUCGAUUCUGCGGAACUUCCUCCCUCCCACUCGUUCAGGCUUAGCGACGAUUUAUAACAAAAUUGCUGAACUGUAUGAAAAGAUAAACGAUACUUUAAAAGUUCAGGAAUGUCGCAAGAGAGUACAUGAAAUGAGAUAG